AUGCUGAAUUUCAGCUCGAGCCGAAAUAAUGAAAUACAAUUAUUGGGGUCUAUAGAAACUUUCAAUUACUAUAAUUACCAAGGACAACAGAACUUUACUACUGCUUCUUCAAGUCAGAACGAAUUAGAAUUGAUUUAUUACUCAAAUAAUACAUUAUUACGUCUCGAUGCUGUGCCGACAGAUGUCGAAAUGAGACAUAUAAUCCCGUUUAUGGAUGAUUGUUUUAUUCUGAGUGGUAUUGGGACCAUCUCAGGCAUAGAGCUUAGCCGACAGAUUUUACUGAAUUUAACACAAUUGUCAUACCAGCCAAUUUUUGAAAAAGAACUUGGAAUGGUUAAGAGUAUAUUUGUUGACAAUGAAGUGGUUUAUUUCGGAGGAGACAUAACUUACAAUAAUAACGGUGUUAGCGGACGCAGUGUUGUGCAAUGGAAUUCAACUACUAAUAGCAGUAGUCUUCUUCCCUUUGGAGGUUUUGGGUCCAAUUCUACGGUAAAUUCUAUCAUUCGCUUGGAGAAUAACAACUUACUUUUUACAGGACAAUUCGCUAAGUUGGAAAAUAAUAGCUUUGUUUCUAAAACGAAUAGAACUAGAAACUUCUCAAUAAGUAUGGAAGAUAGUGAAGUUGGCCAACAAAUUUCAUUAAGGCAAGCGACUUGGAAUGCCAACAGUAACUUGGAUGUUGAUGCCUUUAUAUGUCCAAAUUCUGAUCAGCAGGCCUGGUAUUCCGAAGGAUCAUAUGGUGUUAUAACUUGUAAUUUUCCAAAUACAUUAACACUGUCCAAAAUUAGAAUAUAUAAUACACCAAUUACUGACAAUCAAAUAUCACUCUUCAGAUUGAUCGCGAUACCUGGCAAUGGUAUAUUAAAUUUAACAUAUUUGGACCCAAUAUCGCAUGAUAUAAAACAUUGUACUGAAAACUGUCCAUUAUUCACCAGAGAAACACUUCUUAAUGCUAUGGGGAAUGUAACACAAGAAUCAGACGUAAUACGAUUCAUUAAUAAUAAUAGUACUAACAUCAAAUGGAAUGAGUAUUAUCAGGAAUUUGCAUUUGUGAAUCAACUCCCUAUUACAUCACUGCAGUUUGUAGCAUCUAAUUCAUACUACCAGAAUGUCGGUCUUUCAGGGUUUCAGAUAUAUCAGGAUUCCUUUCCAAUUUUUCCGAAUAACUCCUUCAAUGAGCCCAAUUGUCCCAGCUCCAAUGAUAUAGCUUCGUAUGUGAAACUUUCAGGCAAUGGUUGGUUUACUGUAGCUAAUGAUAAUAGUUAUCUUGCUAACAGUUACAUCCCCAAUCAGGGAACAAAACCUAGCAUAACCUAUUUUGUUGGAAUUAAUGUUCCAGGUGAAUAUGUUUUGAAUCUCGUAACACCGGGUUGCGAUAAAGAUAACACGUGCUCGACAAGAGGAAUUGUUAAUGUAACAACUUUUGAUAAUUCUAAUGGUAAUAUAUUAGGGUCAGCCCUUAUAUACCAGAAUAACAAUAAUCUAAAAUAUGAUCAGAUAUUUGCCGGGGUUUUAAAUAACAGUAUCUCAGUACAAGUGGAAUAUUACUCAGGAAUUAAUACCAAUACCGGUACUGCCACAGUAGUAGUUGGUGUUGUUGAUGUUGUGAGAGUUUCAAUAUCUAGCGAAUUUAUUAGCGAUCAGAUCGACGGUGAUCGAUCGUUACAUCUAAACGGAAUAUUUGAAUACUCUCCUUCCAAUUUUACCUUUGAUAAUGGAUAUUUAACCGGUAAGAUCGAUUAUACUAUUCUGGAUGACUUUGGCGUAUCAAAUUUUAAUAAAGGGGCAUCUAUAUUUGCAGUCGAUCAAAAUCAAAAUUUAUACCUAGGUAGCACUAACGGUAGUGUUUAUGAGCUCAAUAGUCUUAAUGGAAGCUCUGUGCCAUCUACAGAAAACAACCUAAGUGGUCUAAUAAAUGGAAUGUAUAGUGUGGAAGAAGGAUUAGUAAUUUUCGGUUCGAUUGCUCAUAGAGGCCGGGAAUAUGGGGCUGUCAUCUUGAAUAAGAGCAUUACCCCCCUGGACAUAGUUGCCAAUGAUUCCAUACAGGCAUCGUUUAAUUCAACCCUGUUUGGUAGCAAUUUACUUGUAUUCGAUAACUCAACUAUAUUUAAUAUGACAUCCUUUAUGGUCUUUGAAAAUACUAGUUAUCGAAAUUUAGACCUCAGGAACGCCGGUAAAAACUCUAAUGACGAUAUGCUGUUAGUAGGAAAUAUUGUGAAUAAGGGAUCUGCUAUUGGAAAUGAAUCCCUAUUGAUUUCAUCUAAUGGAACAUACAGUCCCUUUAGUCUAUCUGACAAUGAUACUAUCGAAGGAGCAAUUUAUCUCAAUGAUACAAAAGCUUUGUACUCAUUAUCAUCCGGUAAUGUUAAUUAUUUUCAACUUUCUGAUAAGCAACGAUUGCCAUGGACUUGGCAAAGCACUGUUGUGCCAGUAUUUUAUUCCAAUGGUCAGCAACUGCUUGGUGCUAUACAAGAAAAUUCAAAUAAAAGUCAAAUUGUUCUGAUAGAUUUAUUUUCAUCUCAGGUAAUAAAUGAUACUGGAAAUUUAACUAUGCAUAAAAUAAAUGCCAUAGUUAACUUUGCAAGCAAUGCCACUGCUUUGGUUGGUGGUGAUUUCUCACUCUCUAAUCCAGCUUGUGUGGGACUCUGUUUAUAUAACUACAACAAUUCAAACUGGUCAUCCUUCCUGAACAACUCCAUAACAGGUAAUAUAAGUCAGAUUAAGUUUAAUGAUACACAAAUGUUACUAAGUGGGAAAUUAGAAGUCAAUAAAACAGCUGACAUCAAUCUUCUAUCGAUUAAUUUGACAUCCAAUAAGCAAGAUAUAUUGCUGUAUAAUAACUCUGUUGUGCUUGAUGAUUUUAUUCUAGUAAGGAACCUAGUAGUAGGAUGGAAUUCCACCGACAUAUUCAUUAGGAAUGUGACACAAUGGAGCAACUUGAACAUAUUUGAUGAUGGAACAAAUGCUACAAUUAACAGAAUAGAAAAUUUUGGAGCUGAUUCUAACCCUGCCUUAAUCAUAUAUGGUCAGUUUGAUAGUAUGAAAUAUGGGACGAUUAAUGCUGUUAUAUACGAUUUCAAUUCGUGGUAUCCAUAUUUUGAGGUGGAUGUAGUUAGUCAAACUGCAACUCCUUUGUUCUUUGCGGACCGUGACCAAUCAAGUUAUGGUAAUACUAGACACGUUGUCCCGGACCAUAUAAUAGUAAGCUCGUCACAUAGUAGUUCAGCACCGUCAUCCUCAUCUUCACACAAGACAAAUGAGAAACCUUAUAAAAUCCGUAGAGGUUUUGUAGUCCUCAUUGGUCUAGCCCUCGCACUGGCCACAUUAAUUGUUCUAGGAAUAACGGGUGUUGUAAUUGCUUUGCUUUUCAACCCUUCUGUCAAUGGAGACUAUGAUAUUAUUAAAACUAAUGAUUCUGAUAAUUUUGCUGGCAGUAAUAUCACGCCUGAGAAGUUGAUUAGAGUAUUGUAA